ACUUAUUUUGCAAAAGGGUGUGGCUCAAUUCUGCAGGAUCUAGGAGAAGCUAUGGCUGCUACUCUACGGUUUGAGUUGCUCUACGUUCCUGUGAGGAGAAUAGAAAGAAGCAGACUCUAUAACCCUAAAAACUACGAGAUUGGGUUGAUCCCUUCAGUCAACACUCAUAGUCUUCCUUCUUAUCAAAUAAGAAGCAACGAAGAGAACUUUAAGUUAUUAGUAAGCUCUCGCCUAAAGGAAGAGCAUCAAAUCUCAGCGCUGUCGGUUCAUUCUCUCGCUACACUGAGUAGCAAAGACCGCAUUAGUAUAAUGUACAUAGUCCCUACCAUUAGUACAGAAGCUAAUGUUGGAGGCAUUCGUUUUAUUGACAUGUUUUCGCUCAUUCAAACGCCUCAGCUACUUGGCUCACACCGUGAGUUACUACUUGUGAUAGACCAGUGGCUAAUGGAGCGUCAUUCUCUCCCGUACUCUAAUCCUGAUUUAUUAUUCUCCACUGAUUCGACUGGUCAGAGUUUGGUUGGGAUUGUACAGGAUAUUGUCGAUAAUCCUCUUCUCUCCAUUCCCUCUGAGCCUCCUGAGGAUAAACUGAUCAUAGCCCUCAACAAUCCUGUAUUUGUACCAAUAGAAGAUACAACAAAUUUUUAGACCACAAAAUUUAUUAUAU